AUGGAUCCGCACCCGAACGGGGAUGCUAACGGCCGUGGGGUACGCCCCGUGAAUGCCCCCAUCCGCGGCCGACCGCAGCUGUCAUGCACGCCAUGCAAGCGCAGAAAGCUAAAAUGUGACCGGGCGCGGCCUUGCGACAACUGCGUCAAGCGUCGCGAGGCGGACACCUGUGUGUAUCCUGCCACUGGCUCUGUCGCGCGGGACCAGACGCGUGAGUCUAAGAAGACCAAGAAGCGCAUUGAGCGCCUCGAGUCUCUGGUGAUGGAACUUUUGGACCGCGGUCCUUCAACCAACGAAACCUUGUCUGAUGGUCCUGCCACCAGCGAAAGCGAUAGCCAGACUCAAUCGCAGACAUAUCGCAACGGUGGCGAGGCCGAGAAUGACCACGACACAGAUCACUCGCCAAUGCAGAAUGAUAUUCCUCCUCUGCGCCGUUUGUCGGGGCUCCCUGCGAGCACCUCGUCGUCUUCGUUGUGGGAAACGGUACUACAGGAUAUUGGCGAAAUUAAAAAUUAUUUUGAAGAGCAUGAAAACGACUUCAAACUCCAAGCAGGGAAAGUUGAGGAUGCAAGAAACCCUCCAGUUGAGCCCUAUGUGCUUGAAGGCAGUCCCGGCCAAUGGAACGUUGACACUUUUAUUCCAUACGUGCCUCCACGACCGGUAGUCGACAUACUGAUUGCUCACUACUUUGGAGUAGACAGCUUCGUCAGACCCAUUAUUCACCCCAAAAAGUUCCUACGUGAAUAUGAAAUGUUCUGGCAUGACCAGUAUAGGGUUUCUAAAUUAUGGCUUGGUCUAUUGUUUGCUAUUAUGCGACGAGCAGUUCAUGUUGCGCGAGAAAGUGGUUUGGAUUUGAGCCCUCAUCUCGGAGACAUUGAUGAAGCCAUCGCCCUUUUCCGAAUGCGCACGAAACAAAUUUUACUGGCUACUAUGUUCACGUCGCCAUCAAUAGCAAAGCUGGAAUUGACUUUAGUUCACCUUGACGCCGAAUUUACACAUAGUCAAGACACGAGUACAGAGGUGUGGAUUGCUAUGGCUACUGCAGUUCGCAUGGCAAUGAAACUCGGACUGCACCGUGACCCCAGUCUUCAUGACAACUUGUCGCCUUUUGAGUGCGAAAUGCGCCGGCGCUUAUGGCUAGGACUCGUACAGACAGAUGUGCUGCUAUCAUGGCAGGUUGGGCUUCCCAGCAUGAUAGUCCUUAAACAGUGCGACACAAUGCUGCCUAGGAACUUGUUUGAGGAUGAUUUUGAUGAAAAUACAAAUCACCUACCUCUAUCGCGGCCGUGGAACGAGGUAACAAAAAUGGGCCCUUUUGUCGUGAAAUGGCCACUAUUUGAGGUAUUUUCGAAGAUCGCAUCUCAUGUCCAAGACAUUCACCCCAACGACGCCGAGGUCCCCAUUCUAGAAAAGGAAAUCUUCGCUGCUCGUGAUUCACUCCCACCUAUGUACAAAGUUCGCCCUAUCCAGGACUCCAUCCUUGACUCUCCUGCAAUCAUUUUGCGCCGUUUUACCAUCGACCAGACAGUGCAUAGUGGAAUCUGCGUUCUACACCGGCGUCUAUUUCCGCUAGCUCGAACUCAUCCGCAGUACAGCCAUUCCCGCAAGGCUGGGAUAGAUGCUGCGUUGACUUUGCUCAACUACCAAGCCCUGCAUUACCACGAGACCGCACCGACCGGUCGGCUGGCAGGCCACAAGUGGAUGGCCACUUCUGUAGUCAGGCACGAUUAUCUCCUCGCAGCCAUGUUGCUGUGUCUAGACCUACGACAGGCAAUGGCCGUAACCACACAUCCUGCUUCAACAGAUAUAAGUCUUUGGGGAAAGGAGCGACGAGAGGAAAUGGUUGCUGCAUUGGAAACCUCUUACCAUGUCUGGCGUGCUUCCAAAGACACAUCCAUCGAAUCAUUUAGGGCUAGCGAAGCUGUUGCUGUUCUUUUGAAUAAGGUUCGGAGUGAGGAAAGUGAGAAGCCCAUGCCAGAGUCAAGCACCGGAUCGAUGCCAUCUGUCGAAACUCUCGAAAUUUCACCUCCCGAGUUUGCAGUCCCGAACCCAGAUCCAUACAGUCUCAGUUUACCAUUUUCGGAAAUGGUUACUUCUCCGGGAGCUAUCGAUUGGGCCGAAUUCGAUCGAUAUGUGAUGGGAGGCAAUGUACCCGUCGAUGUAGAGUCGAUAUAUCGAUCUAUCAAUUGA